GUCCGCACUGGUGCAACUAAGCCAAGCCACUCUCUGACUCGAUCGCCUCUCGAAAGGAAACCAAUCUGAUCGAGAAGAAGAAGCCGCCACGCCACGCCACGCCACGCCGCGCCGCGCCGCGCCAUGCCGCUCGCCUGCUUCGCCGCACGCGGCGGCGGGGGCGCGGGCGCCUCGUCGUCGUCGUCCCCGGCGCCGGCCGCGUCGGCGACGUCGGUGUACUGGACGCACCUCGGCACCGUCACCCUGACGUGGUCGCGCGGGCAGCUCGGGCUCGUCCUCGCCGCGGAGCUCCACCUCGCCGGGGAGGGCGCCGCGCCCGCGCUGCGGUUCUUGCUCCGGCCGUUGCUCCCGUGGCGGCGGCGAGGGUGCAAGAGGUUCGCCGGCGGCGGGCACGCCGUCGCGUUCACGUGGGACAUGUCCCGCGCCCGCCUCGCCGGACGGCGGCCGGAGCCCGUGGCGAGGUAUUCCCUGCAUGUGUGCGUCGACGGGGAGCUCGUGCUGGCGGCGGGCGACCUCGCGCUGCUCGCCCCGUCCGCCGGGUUCCUCCUCACCCGCCGCGAGAACGCGGUCGCCGCCGGCGGCGGCGAGGCGUACGCCACCACCGUCGCCGUCGCGGGGGGGAGGCACGAGGUGUCGAUCGCGGUGGAGGACGCCGUCAUGUGGGUUGCCAUCGACGGCGAGAAGGCGCUCCAGGUGCGGCGGCUCCGGUGGAAGUUCCGCGGCAGCGAGAGGCUCGACCUCCCGCGCGGCCGCGUCCGCGUCUCGUGGGACCUCCACGGCUGGCUCUUCGCCGCCGACGCCGUCGCGGUGUUCGUCCUCCGGUUCGAGACGGCCGACGUCGCGGACACCUCCAAGAUCGACAUGGAACGUGACGCCGGCAUGCUCGCGCUAAGGCAGAGCUCUUUCAACAGGAAGCACCACCACCACGGCGGCGGCGGCGGCGCCGCCGCCGAGAGCUGGUGCAGCAGCGACAGCGACAGGAGAGGGUGGAGGAGGGGGCCGUUCAGGUCGGGGUCGGACUCGUCGCCGGCGGUGUCGGUGGCGUCGACGUCGGCGGCGUCGUCGGCCGGGAGCAUGGCGACGGUGGCCGACUGGGCCACGGCGGAGGAGGCGGCGAUGAACGACGGCGGCGGCUUCUCUCUCGUCGUGCACCUCUGGAAGACGAAGAAGAGGAGGUAAUUAAUGGCCAUGCAUCCAUGGCGUCCAUGGCGUUGGUGCAUUGCGUUGGAUUGUAUGGAAAAAAAUUAUAUGUUAUUUUUUGCUUGUGAAUUUGUGAUUGGUAAUUCAUGAUUGCCGCAUUCGCGUGCAAGAUGAUGAGAAAAAUUUUGUGUGGAUAAUCAAGUGAGAAAAUUCGUGGGUACAAGUUUUUUUUUUUUUGUAUUCAAAUAUUCUUGCUUGAAUUUGUCCAGAGAGCAGGAGGAUUUUGCAGUCAUUUUUGUUUCAUUGUUUGUGAAGCAAAAGAUAAUAUCUUGUACAACUUCCCUUCUAAACCAAAUUGCUAUACAUGUGUGAAUACAUUUUUGUUUAGA